UCAUGAUGAGUCAUGAUGUUUCAAACAAAGGUACGCAAGGUGGUCUGCGGCCGGCGGUCUGUAUAAAAGUGGUGCCGCUUGGCUUCAUUUGGAUAAACAAACAUCGUCACCAUGGGCAGGAUCAUUUUCUACGAGGAGAAGAACUUCCAGGGUCGUUCCUAUGAGUGCAGCAGCGACUGCUCCGACAUCCAGAUGCACCUGAACCGCUGCAACUCCUGCAGGGUUGACAAUGGCUGCUUCGUGGUGUACGACCGCCCCAACUUCAUGGGCAACCAGGUGUUCCUGAGGAGGGGCGAGUACUCUGAUUUCCAGAGGAUGGGAAGCAUUAUGGGUAUGAUGGGGAUGGCAAUGAUGGACAACAUCCGCUCCUGUCGUAUGGUCCCAAUGCACCGGGGACAGUUCAGGAUGAGGAUCUACGAGAGGGAGAACUUCGGAGGGCAGAUGCACGAGCUGAUGGAGGACUGCGAGUCCCUCCAGGAUCGCUACAGCAUGUCCGACUGCCAGUCCUGCAACGUGAUGGACGGCCACUGGCUGAUGUUCGAGCAGCCCAACUACAGAGGCCGCAUGAUGUACGUGAGGCCCGGCGAGUACAGGAACCUGCGGGACAUGGGAACCAGCAACAUCAUGAGAAUCAGCUCCAUCAGACGCAUCAUGGACAUGUGCUGACUGUAGUUCAUGUCGUAGUAAAAGUAUAGAAAAACCACAAUAAUUAUAAUAAAAAACACAUUUUGAAGUA